UGAUUUCACUUUCUUUAGUACUUAAAACGGUCAAUGUCAUGCUUUCGGUAAUAAUCUAUGGAGGUUAAGUCAGAAUAGAAAGUCUGCUAUUGGCUUGAAUCUGCUAUUGGCUUGAAUCUACCAUUGCAGAAGAAGAAGUAGCUCUUGGCAAAAGACUAGUAGCAGAAAAAGCAAAGCAAGAACAAGGUGCUUAGUGGUAAGAGGAGGAAGACGGUGGUGGCGGCUGCGGCGGCAGAGAAACAUACAACAAGCGAAAACUGCUGCACUCUCUAAAAGACGGAGAGUAAGAAAAGAACUUGCUUGGUCACCGGUGCACAAGUAUGGCGUCAUCGGCAGAUACAGUUUUCCCUGUCGAAGGUCUUUUACCAAAAAAAGAAACUGGUUCAACUUCAUUUCUCGCCAAGUAUCCUGACUACGAUGGUAGAGGAAUCUUAAUCGCUGUAUUAGAUACUGGAGUUGAUCCUGGUGCUGCUGGUUUACAGGUAACCAGUGAUGACAAACCCAAAAUUCUUGAUCUCAUCGAUACAACAGGUUCUGGAGAUGUUGACACAUCAACUGUUGUUGAAGUUAAUCAGAACGAAAUUAUUGGCCUCACUGGGCGUAAUCUUAAAAUUCCUGAAUCCUGGAAUAAUCCAACAGGACAGUACUAUAUUGGAAUUAAGAAUGCUUAUGAUCUCUAUCCUAAAACUCUUAAAGAGCGAAUCAGCAAGGAACGUACAGAUCGUCUUUGGAGUCCACCUCAUCGGUUAGCUUUGGCCGAAGUGACCCGUAAACUGGAAGAGUUUGAUACUUCACAUCCAUAUCCUAACCCAGAUGAGUUAAAUAUCCGUGAAGACUUGACUAACCAGAUUGAGAUUUUAAACAAUUUAGACAAAAAACACAAUGACUGUGGUCCUGUUUUUGAUUGUGUUGUAUUCCAUGAUGGAGAGACGUGGAGGGCCUGUGUCGAUACAAGUGAGAAAGGCCAACUCGAUCAGUGUGAGCUGUUGGCAAGUUACCGAGAAGAACGGAAAUUUGCUCGAUUAAGUUACGCAGAUAUGCUCAACUUUUCUGUGAACAUUCACAACAAUGGUACUCUUUUGGAGAUUGUAACAAAUGCUGGCUCUCAUGGAACACAUGUGGGAUGCAUAGCUGCUGGAUAUUUUCCUGAGACUCCAGAAAGAAAUGGUGUGGCACCCGGAGCUCAGAUAAUCUCAAUAAAAAUUGGAGACACUCGCCUGAAAUCCAUGGAGACUGGUUCUGCAUUAGUUCGAGCAAUGGUCAAAGUCAUAGAAUAUAAAUGUGAUUUAGUGAAUUACAGCUAUGGUGAGGCUGCUCAUUGGGUAAAUGGUGGGCGUGUCUGUGAUAUAUUAAGUGAAGUAGUCAACAAACAUGGGGUGAUUUUUGUGUCCAGUGCUGGCAAUAAUGGACCUGCGUUGUCUACAGUUGGUGUCCCUGGUGGCACAACUACUUCUAUGAUCGGUGUUGGUGCUUGUGUGUGUCCCUCUAUGAUGGUUGCUGAAUAUUCUUUGCGAGAAAGACUGCCAAUUAUGCAGUAUCCUUGGUCUUCCAGAGGACCUGCACCUGAUGGUUUUAUGGGUGUAUGUAUCAGUGCUCCUGGCGGAGCAAUUGCUUCUGUUCCUAACUGGACCUUGAAAGGAUGCCAGUUAAUGAAUGGAACCAGUAUGAGUUCUCCAAAUGCCUGUGGCUGCAUUGCGUUGAUUUUAUCUGGUUUAAAAGCCAACUCAAUACCUUACAGUCCUUUCAGUGUAAGACGAGCACUUAUGAAUGCAGCACAGCCGAUUGAAGGUUGUGAACCUUUUGGCUUAGGUGCUGGUUUAUUGCAGGUUGAAAAAGCUUACGACUUUUUGACAAAUUUUUCUGAAGCAAAGGAACGCAACGUGCAGUUUCUUGUCACUGUUCCAGGAGGAAACCGUGGCAUCUACAUAAGAGAUAUCUGCAAACUUAACAAAAUCAAUGAAAUAUCUGUAUCAGUAGAACUAUCCUACUUAGAAAAUAAAACUGUGCAAGAAGAUAAAAUUGAUUUCAAUCUACAACUUUGUUUGACUUGUGAUGCAUCCUGGGUUGAGAUCCCAUCUCAUCUAGAGCUGAACACGUUCCGGUCUAUCGGGGUUCAAGUUGAUCCUCGUGGAUUACCACACGGAGCUCAUUAUACUGAAAUAAAAGCAUUCGAUGUCUCCUGUCUGGCAAAGGGUCCUGUAUUUACUGUACCAAUCACAGUUAUUGUUCCUAUAAAAAUUACUGACGAUGUCCAUCACACUGUUUCUUUUACUGACGUCAAGUUUAAGCCAGGACAGAUUAAAAGACAUUUUAUUCAUGUACCAGAAGGAGCUACGUUUGGAGUUUUGAAGAUUGAAUCAAAAGACACAGAAAAAAGCUGUCGUUUCCUCUUACACACCCUCCAGCUGUUGCCUCAGUGUCAAUACCGGAAACAUGAAUUUGACAAGCUUGUCACCCUUUCAGACCAAGGAGAAUUUGUACAGUCUUUUCCAGUCUUGGAUAGCAAUAUACUGGAAGUUUGCCUUGCCAAGUGGUGGGCCAAUCUGGGUGAAGUAACUCUAGACUACUCUGUCACUUUCCGUGGAAUAAGUGUUGAUUCAAAGCAAAUUGUCAUGCAUGCAGCUGAUGGUAUAGCUCGGUGCAAUGUUAAAGCUACUCUCAGGCACGAAGAAAUCUGUCCGAGCGUUUGUCUCAAGUCUUUAGCACAGCCACUUCGACCUGCUGAACACAAAUUACGAAGUUUAAAUGGUCCAAGAGAUUUAUUACCAGAAGGGCGACAAAUUUAUGCAAUUGAAUUGACUUACAACUUCCAUUUGAGCAAAGGAGAAGAAGUCACACCUGAUUGCUCUUUGCUUAGUGACCUGCUUUAUGAAUCAGAAUAUGAGAGUCAACUGUGGAUGUUGUUUGAUUCCAAUAAAUAUUUCAUCAGUGCAGGAGAUGCAUACCCCACACGUUAUAGUGUCAAGCUGGAGAAAGGAGACUAUGUAAUUCUACUACAGAUUCGACACGACAAUCGUGAAAUGGUGGAGAAACUGAAAGACACUGUCCUGGUUCUACAUCAUCGACUGCAGAAUGCACUUUUCCUGGACAUCCACGCAUGUUGGCAGAACACACUUUCACCACAAGCCAAAAAAUUAUGCUCCCUGUGUGCCCACAAAGGCACCACAUAUCCACUAUUUUUCUGUCCUUUACCAGACGAUAAACUUCCUAAGUCACAUGGCCCUGGAAAUUACCUAACUGGCUCAUUGUUUGUUUUGAAAGAUGAACCUCUCAAAAAAUCUACCUCUGUGCCUUUCAAGUAUAUUCUCACGGAAUUGGUGAAGAAGCCUAAAAACUCCAAUGGCAAAAACAAAGAAAGCAAGGAGAAAACAGCUGAGGAAGAAUACGAAGAAGCUUUACGUGAUUUAAAAAUUUCUUGGUUGACAAAACUUGAUGAUUGUGAUAAUUUGUACAAAGAAUUGUCAACUGAAUAUCAAGAUUAUUUACUGCUUCAUGUUGCUCGGUUGCAGGCUCUAGAUGCCGAUAAAGAUCGAAUGAAAAAAUUACCAGAAAUCACAAAGGUUGCUGAACACAUCCUCAGCAAUAUUGACAAAGACGCUCUGCUUGCUUACUAUGGCAUGAAAUCUGACCCCCGACCUAAUUCUAGUAGUAUUAAAAUAGAAAUGGAUAAACAGAAAAAUAUAUUAAUCGAUACCUUUGUAAAACUUGGCUGUGCCCAGGCAGAUACCCACUUAGAAGCUAUGAAACCUCUGAACGCUGUGACCAGUGGUGAUGAUGAGCAAGUGACUGGCGUCGAAGACGAUGAAGAUAAUGAUUGUGAACAUGUCAUACCAAAAGUACCAAUUCAAGAAAUUGAUUCAAUAUUUGAAGAACUUAUAAAAUGGGUUGAUCCUUUUGAUUCAAAAGUGAUUGAAUUUAGUGUGCGUCAUGCAAUGAUGCACAAGUUGUAUGGAAGGUCACUUCGUUUUCUGCUCAAGCAAAAUGAGGAAAAGCCAAGCAAACAGCAGGAAAAACGUUGUACUGAAAUAUUCAAGCAACUCAACUGGAAUCACUGUGCUGAAUAUUUUGAAAAUUUAUUGCUAGUUAAAUAUCCCAAGAGUUACCGACCAUUUUGAAUUUAAUUACCCAGACAUUUUGCUAAUAACUCUAAGUUCCCCCCUUUCCCCAUAUUCUGCAUUACUGGAUGGUCAAAUAAACAGCAGGGAUUAUUAUUAUUAUUA